AUGGCUCAAAGUAAAAGUGCAGCUUACGAUUAUCUUAUAAAGCUUCUUUUGAUCGGGGAUUCCGGUGUUGGCAAAAGUUGUUUGUUGCUCCGUUUUUCCGACGACUCGUUUACUCCCUCCUUUAUCACUACCAUUGGCAUCGACUUCAAAAUUAGGACGAUCGAAUUAGACGGAAAACGAAUCAAACUUCAAAUUUGGGAUACUGCUGGUCAAGAACGUUUUCGUACUAUCACUACAGCAUAUUAUCGCGGUGCUAUGGGUAUACUUCUAGUGUAUGAUGUCACUGACGAACGGUCAUUUAAGAACAUAAGAAAUUGGUUUUCCAAUAUAGAACAACAUGCUAGUGAAGGUGUUAAUAAAAUUCUUAUUGGAAAUAAAUGUGAUUGGGUUGAAAAAAAGGCAAUCACAAAAGAACAAGGACAGGCUCUUGCGGAUGAAUUUGGCAUUAAAUUCUUGGAAACUAGUGCCAAAGCAAAUAUCAAUGUCGAAGAAGCGUUUUUUACUUUGGCCAGACUUAUUGAUACACAUGCACAAGAACAACAAAACACUCAAAACAAAAGGCUUGAAUUGGAUAACAAAAGUCCUAAAUCCAGUGCAGGGUCAAACUGUUGUAACUAA